CGGGCAGUGGGCACCUUGGAGCCGUGCGCCAAAUCACUGAUGUAACCAUAAAUACAUCACACUCAUUGCCCAGACCUCCGCCUGUUUCCUACCAAGUAUGUUACAUAACAGAAGGAUACCCUCCGACCCAGUUGAAGCCAUAGGAAAUGGCCUUGUGGAUUGUGAUCAACAUAGCUGAAAGGGACGAUCCCGAUCUGAUAGUCCAAUCGUCAACUCCGGAAAACUUCGCCCAGGCACACUAGUCUAGGCGAUCGGGUCUUUCAGACCUGCACUGCUGAGCUGUCUGACGGGCUGCGCUAGUUCAAAUUCAUAGCCCAAUGACCCUGCGCCUUGAAAUACGAUGCAACGAAAGACAACACACAGCGUCAUGACAGUUGUCAAACUGCUCACCAACAUCGCUCCUCUCCCCACCACCGUAACUGCACGAGUCGAGCUGAAAAAAAGAUCCAAUCCAAUAGGAAAAGCCACUAUGGUGGGCAGAUGCAGAGGGAGUGGCGAGCUGAACAUAGGACUAUUGAUCGCCGUCCUGUCUGUCCGGGGUGAACCAGCACAAGAGUAUAGCAGUGCGCGGUGUCGACUCGGCCUUUCACGGCCAAAAGAAUGUGGAAAUGGAUAUAUAAACGCCAUCAUCUCCCCUCCAUGACCAACUCAACACUCCAGUCUCUCGAGCAAAUCUAUCAACCCAUCUCCUCUCACGCUCAAACACACCUCAUUUAUAUUCCCCUACAUCUUUUCUCAAUAUGCCCAACACUCUUGGUAACGGUGAAUGGCUUGAAGUUGGCCAGAGCCUAUGGAGUCAAAAUGGCGAGACGGAGCUGAAAAUGCAAGAGGAUGGCAAGAUCGCGGUUUACGUGAACGGCGAAUGUGUAUUCCAGAACACAGACGAGCAGAGGUACGAUGUCAAGGGUAUCCAUAUGCAGCCCGAUGGGAAUCUUGUUAUGUACGAUAAUAACAACACACCCCUCUGGCACACCGAUUCCACCGGGUCAUCAGACCCCAGCUCAGUUGUCUGUGCUGUGCAGAACGAUGGUAACGUCGUUCUGUACACUGGCCAGGCCAUCUGGGCCACCAACACCGGAAGGUAGCCUUAGCCUCGACGUUAGACU